GAAAAAAACCUUCUUCUCCACCAAGAAAAGCAAAAUAAAACCCCAAGCAAAUCUCUCUCGCACAAGCACGCUCGCAUUCCCAGUUUUUCCUCUCUGCGUUUUAGUAUAUUUAUUCAAUCAAUCAACCAUGGGUGAUAGCCAGUACUCCUUUUCUCUCACUACUUUCAGUCCUACAGGAAAGCUAGUACAGAUCGAGCACGCAUUGACUGCCGUUGGAUCAGGCCAAACUUCUCUCGGAAUCAAAGCUGCAAACGGUGUUGUUAUUGCAACUGAGAAGAAAUUGCCUUCUAUUUUAGUCGAUGAAUCAUCUGUUCAGAAAAUACAGAAUCUGACACCUAAUAUUGGAGUUGUCUACAGUGGAAUGGGUCCUGACUUUCGAGUUUUAGUUCGGAAAAGUAGGAAGCAGGCAGAACAAUAUCAUAGAUUGUACAAGGAACCAAUUCCUGUCACACAACUCGUGAGGGAAACUGCCGCUGUCAUGCAAGAGUUUACUCAAUCUGGAGGUGUAAGGCCUUUUGGAGUAUCUUUGCUAGUAGCUGGUUUUGAUGACAAAGGUCCACAGCUGUACCAGGUUGAUCCCUCAGGUUCCUACUUCUCAUGGAAAGCCUCAGCAAUGGGAAAAAAUGUUUCAAAUGCAAAAACGUUUCUUGAGAAGAGAUACACUGAUGAUAUGGAGCUUGAUGAUGCUGUACACACUGCUAUCUUGACACUGAAAGAGGGAUUUGAAGGACAGAUCUCUGGGAAAAAUAUUGAAAUUGGGAUAAUUGGUGCUGACAAGCAAUUCAGGGUCCUAACUCCAGCUGAAAUUGAUGAUUAUCUGGCUGAAGUGGAAUAGAGACAUCGUACUAUUUGGCUGAAGUGGAGUUCUUUCCUGUAUGACACCAAUCGAGAUACUCAUGUCACUUUCUUUUGGAAUCUGCUUGACUCAGUUGCUUUUAGCCCAAGUUUCUAUUAAUUCCAAAUUUGUAGAACUGUGAUUUGGAAAUGUUAUGAGACUUCUCUCCAAUCUUAGAUGCUUCUAAAGUCGCGCAACGAUGUGAUUUCCUUUAUGAUACGUUUGACAGAUGGCUGGAAAUUGGUCUUUUCAAUGAUACUCAUCUCACUCCAA